CGUACAACGAACUUGCCUAGCAUCAAAUCAAGCAUCUGACCGAAUUUCUAGUUGAGCGACAGUGGAAAAAAUUCGAAAACCACCUGGGAGGAUGUCCUUGAUCGGUUUACUAUCCUCUUUAAAGGGCGGGCUAAGCCACUCCCACGAACAUGUGAAUACUGUGUCAACUACGUUUUCUCUCCAUCGUGUAACAGCCUACGCCCUCUUGGCUGCUUCGCUCUUCUCCACUGCCACCCAGUUCUUUGGGGGGCCCAUCCAUUGCUACGCCCACAAGUCUCAAGUGCCCUCGGCGGUCUUGGACACGUUUUGUUGGACCCAUGGCACAUCGACCGUGGAUUCCGACGAUGUGAAGAUGAUGACUCAUCCCGGGAUGAUAGGCACACCUUCGAUGGACGAAGACGAUACGAUCCUCCGUCACACCUACUAUCAAUGGGUGUGCUUUGUCUUGUUCUUCCAAGCUCUGUUCUUCUAUAUGCCGUACAAGAUCUGGAAACAUGCCGAAAACGGACGGAUCGCCAACAUGGUCAAGUUGGCCGACGAGCAGGACGAGAACAAGCCCAAUGCUCUGGGAGAAUUCCUUUUCACUCAUUACGGCUCGUUCUCAUGUUUGGUCCUAAAGUACUUCUUAUGCGAAUGCUUGGCGUUUGUCAACGUAUUUCUACAAAUCUAUCUCAUGGAUUCGUUUCUGGGAGGAGCGUUCAUCGCUUACGGAUCCCAAGUACUCCAACACGACUCCACCUCUGAUGCCAUUCACCCAAUGUCCAAGUUCUUUCCCCGGAUCACCAAAUGUACUUGGUCCGAAUUCUCGUCCUCGGGCAGCUUCCAAAAGGUCCAGGCAGUCUGUGUGAUGCCCUUGAACGUGAUCAACGAGAAGAUCUUCUUGAUAUUAUGGUUUUGGAUGUUAUUCCUGUUCCUCUUCACCUUGCUCCAUUUCAUCUUCGAAAUCAUCGUGUUCUUGAGCUCGGUUCCUCGUCUACUAGUUCUCCGGGGAUUCUCACCUCGAACACCCAAACAUUUGAUCCGGACCGUGAUUCGCUUGGCUGAUUACGGAGACUGGUUUGUCCUGGUGCAAUUGGCCAAGAACCUCGAAACGACCCGUUUCAAGGCCACCCUCGAGUAUCUGGCCAGACACAUGAGAUUCACUUUGGACGAAGAUGAUAACAACCAUCUGGACUAUGAGCCCAACUUCGAUCCCUCGAGGAAAUCUUCGCGCUAUGAAAUGAAUCCCAUCGGCAAAGUGGCCUUGGUCUGACAUCGGUCAUCUAUAGCCAAUGAUAAUACAAUCUUCUUUCGAGCAAUACCAACGUAUGCCCUCAUUUAAAUGACCUCUUCAUGGCUUGAUCCGACACUACUAUGAAAGAACAUUGCAAUAUGUUGUCUAAUAAAUUUCUAUCCGACCUUA